AUGGUACAGAGGAUUGGAAGUGUAUACAGGCCUUGGAAGGAGACGGAUGACCUUCGGAUGACUCAGAUGAGUGUGUGGAACUCUUGGAAGGUGAAAGAAGUGUUGAGGAGUAUAAUGAUACACAACCAAUGCCAGCCCAAGUGCUACAGCAGCCAUGCAGAACAGCUUCAAAAAGCUGGAGAAGUGAUAGCAGCACCAGUGAAGAGUUGGAAAGGGCAAAAUGAUUACCCUGAGCUUGAUGUCAGUGAUCCUGAAGAAAACUCAAUGGCUCCUGCACAGCUACAUCAGGGGAAGAAAAGUGUUCAGGUUCAAGGCACCCACAUCUACUACCAAUGUACAGUGUAUCGAGAAACCAUCUCAGUCAAGGAUGGAGCCGAGCAAGGUGGCAUAGAUCAACAUAUAGAUGACAGCGGGGAUUUUGGUCAACAUUCAGAUGCACCAUCUGAAGAUGGUGGCGACAAUGAGGGGGAUUUGGAUGGAGGGGAUGGAGAAGAUCUAGGUCAAGAGCGCAACUGGGAGGACGAGCUUAUGGAUGUGGAAGAUAAUGAGACUUAUAAUGUUCUAGAAUGUCAUCAAGCACAGAAUGGAUGA